AUGCGUCAGACAGUGGCCAAGCUAUCGCGGAGCGUGCCGACCCUCAGCAGGCCGGCCUCCAUGGCAGCCGGGGCGCACCACAUAUCCAGCAAGAAGGAAGGCAGUAUUGCCGAUGCCUUCGUGUCGCUGUCCGGUGCCGAGCGGCCGCCGCUGCCGGACAGGUUCCGCGAGCUCAAGUGUGAGCUCGUUCGGGGCCGCGAGAAGGACAUUGUCGACAGCUGGUGCCGGCUCCUGAAGCAGCUGAGGGCGGAGAACGAUGUCAUCCGCCGGAAGGGAUCGAACGUCAUCCCGCAGCUCGAGUUUGCCAACCUCGAGGCGGACUGCGAAACGCUCAAGGGAGAGCUGAAGAAGCGAGGCGCCGUCGUCGUCAGGGGCGUCAUCCCCGAGGACGAGGCGCGCGCGUACAAGGACGAGGUGGAGGCGUACGUGAGGGAGAACCCGCACACUCGAGCCUUCCCGCCUCAUGACCCCCAAGUGUAUGAGCUGUAUUGGUCGGCGCCCCAGCUCAAGGCGCGUUCGCACCCGUCCCUCCUCCGGGUGCAGCGCCAGCUCAUGGCUUCCCUCUGGCACGCAUCAUCGCCGGAAGCGCAAGUGUCGCUCGCCAACCCGCUGACGUACGCCGACCGGCUGCGAAUUCGCCAGCCCGGCGAUGCAACCUUUGCCUUGGGCCCGCACAUGGACGGCGGCAGCGUCGAGAGGUGGGAGCGGCAGGGCUAUGGCCGCGGCGGCGUCUACGACCGCAUUUUCGCCGGCGACUGGGAGGGUUACGACCCUUGGGACGCGAGCGGGCGGGUCGCCGCCGUCAACAACCUCUACGACGGCCUCGGCGCAUGCUCCAUGUUCCGCACGUGGCAGGGCUGGCUGAGUAUGAGCCACACGCGCGCGGGCGAGGGUACGCUGCUGGUGAACCCGCUCAUGCACCUGGCCACGGCGUACGUCCUCUUGCGGCCCUUUUUCGAACCGCUCGUCUCGAAGGCUGCCGGCAAGGGGCGGUUCUUGGACGAGGAAAACUGGAAGUUCACCGGCGAGGCAGGCAUGACCAGCGAGCUGCCAGGCGCAUCUAUGGGCCACGGCCAGGAGCUGACGGAGGAGCUGCAUCCCCACCUCGAGCUGGAGACGACCAUGGUGCACAUGCCGCCAAUCCGGCCCGGAGACUUUGUGGCCUGGCACUGCGAUACCAUUCACUCGGUCGACAAACGGCACGCAGGGGCCUCCGACUCGAGCGUCAUGUACAUUCCCGUGUGCCCCGUGACGGACAUCAACGCCGCAUACCUCGCCCGUCAGCGGGCGGCGUUUAGGGACGGCACGCCGGGACCCGACUUCCCCGGUGGAGAGGGCGAAGCACGUCACGUCGGCCGCCCGACCGAGGAUGUGCUACGACGUUGGGCGGGCAGCGGCGGGCGGCAGGCCUUUGGGCUCGAGAGCCUGGCUGUGCGUGGACAGGCGUUGGCCGGAGAGCGUUCGGUUGUCGAGAGGGCGAAUGCUAUCCUGGGUUUUUGA